UCCUCUCGAACAGGCAUGGUAUUAACUGCCACAACAGUCUGCAAAGUAAGCCUGGACAAAGCCAGGAGAGGAUUUCGCAACCUGACAGCACCCAAGCGUCCAAAGAUCCGUUUGCCGCUGCCUUUCGCCUGUGACAUGGCCGUGAGCAGGUCCAGAUCGUCCUCGCAGAGUGUUGAAGCUUGGAAUACCACUGUGGACCAGGUGAAGGUGUCCAUAGCCAUGAGCGAGUCAUCUUCCAUCCACAGUGACAGGCUGUACAGCAUAGCCAGGGAACUUUCUGGAAUGGGAUUCGAUCCGGUCAGCUACACGUUUGACGACCCCUUCAACUUCAUCGACGACCGAACGCGCUCUAGCUCCAACAUGCUGCACUCUUCCAGGGAUGACAAGCUACCUGUGGUCAACAACUUCAUGGAUGCAGGGCACGAGCCGGGCAAAGGGUUGUACUUUGCCGAUGGGAAGAGGAAAGUGGACUAUGUGCUGGUCUAUCAGUACCGGAGGCCAUCCUCGCUCCACGAAUCCCCCGGCCAGCACCGGCUCUCCGUCAUCUCCAACGGCAGCUUCCCCCGCGUGGGCAGCAAAGAGCCCGAAGGGGUCAAGGAAGAGCAUGCGGAGGUGGUGCUGGACAUGGGCCCUGCUGACCCAGCCGAGGGUGAGAAGAUCAUGAUACGGGAGGAGUUUGAGGCCAAUCUGAGGGAGGCUGGGCUGGAGAUGGAGCGGGACAAUGAGCACAAGGUCCAUGGGCAAGGCUUUAUCCGGGUACAUGCACCCUGGCAGGUCCUGAGCAGGGAAGCAGAAUUCCUCAAGAUCAAAGUGCCCACGAAAAAGAGCUAUGAGAUGAAGGAAGACAAGGGCCUGUCUGCCACCAUGAGUGCAGUAUGGAGGAAGCUGAACCAGCCCUUCCAGCCCAACAUUCCCCACCUGCAGCAGCAGAGCCGCACCAAGUUCCUCUCGCACAGCUUCUCCCGGGACAAGCUCCAUCUGUACAACAUUGAAUCCAAGGACACCUUCUUUGACAAUGCCACUAGGAGCCGAAUCGUGUACGAAAUCCUUAGACGCACCGCCUGCACACGGACCUGCCAAACCAUGGGGAUCACCACAUUAAUAGCUAAAGGAGUGUAUGACUCUGCCUUUCCUCUGCAUGAUGGAGACUUCAAGGACAGUGGACAUUCAGAAGGGAAGAAUGACAGACAGCUUUUACAUGAUGAGUGGGCAAGAUAUGGAGCCAUUUUCAAAUAUCAGCCACUUGACCUUAUAAGGAAUUACUUUGGGGAGAAGAUAGGCCUCUACUUUGCCUGGCUUGGUGUCUACACUCACCUGCUAGCCCUGGCCUCUUUGGUGGGCAUCAUUGUGUUCUUAUACGGCUGCUUUACCAUUGACUCCAAUAUACCCAGUCUGGAGAUGUGUGAUGAGACGCAGAACUUCACCAUGUGCCCACUAUGCGACCGGGCCUGUGACUACUGGCACCUGAGCACAGCUUGUGGCACUGCUCGUGCCAGCCACCUCUUCGACAACCCAGCCACUGUCUUCUUUGCCAUUUUCAUGUCCCUGUGGGCGGUCAUGUUUCUUGAGCACUGGAAGCGCAGGCAGAACAGCUUAAACUACAGCUGGAAUAUGACAGGAAUGGAGGAGGAAGAGGAGCACCCGAGACCUAAAUACGAAACCCUACUCCUUCAGAAGAGGCAGAGGAAGAGAAGAAAUAGAAAGAAGAACAAAAGCGAGCCUGAGAAAAGUGUGGAGGAGAGCAUCGAUCUGGGCAAGGACAAAUGGAGACAGUGGUUGCUGUCUGCCAUGGCUACAGGGAACCCGCCUGGAGAUGAGAAGCUUACGUGGAGGGACCGGUUGCCUGGAUAUUUCAUCAAUAUCUCCUCUAUUUUACUAAUGUUUGGUGUGACCUUCGCUGCUGUGUUCGGGGUGAUUAUGUACCGCAUCACUGUCUCCGCCCUGCUGGCUAUGAGCCAAGACCCUCAAAUCAAGUCCAACGCAAGGGUCACUGUCACAGCCACGGCCGUCAUCAUCAACCUAGUGGUCAUUCUCAUCCUGGACGAGAUCUAUGGCUCUGUGGCUGUCUGGCUCACCGAACUGGAGAUCCCGAAGACAGAGACUAACUUUGAGGAGCGUCUGAUUCUGAAAGCCUUCCUCUUGAAGUUCAUGAAUGCUUAUGCUCCUAUUUUUUAUGUGGCCUUCUUCAAAGGGAGGUUUGCUGGCCGGCCUGGGGACUACGUUUAUAUUUUCAAUGAUUACCGUAUGGAAGAGUGUGCUCCUGGAGGCUGUCUCAUUGAGCUAUGUAUUCAGCUCAGCAUCAUCAUGUUGGGGAAGCAGCUCAUUCAGAACAAUGUCUUUGAGAUUGCCAUCCCGAAGCUAAAGAAGCUCUUCCGUUCUCUGAAGGAGAAGAAAAGGGCGCCGGAGGAGCGUGUGGAGCAGACGGGCCGAGCUCUGCGCCAGUGGCACCUAGAUUACAACCUGGAGCCCUUUGAUGGCCUUACACCCGAAUACAUGGAGAUGAUCAUCCAGUUUGGCUUCGUCUCCCUUUUCGUGGCCUCCUUCCCUCUGGCUCCACUCUUUGCUCUCUUGAACAACAUCAUCGAGAUCCGACUGGAUGCUAAGAAGUUUGUCACUGAACUACGCAGGCCAGAUGCAGUGAGAGCGAAAGAUAUCGGAAUCUGGUACAACAUCCUUAGUGGCUUGGGCAAGUUUUCAGUAAUCAUCAACGCUUUUGUCAUCUCCUUCACAUCAGACUUUAUCCCACGGCUGGUUUAUCAGUACAUGUACAGUGAGACUGGCACUAUGCAUGGCUUCAUCGACCACACCCUGUCCUACUUCAAUGUGAGCCAUUUCAAAGCAGGCACAGCGCCUGCUUCAUCUGCUGUCACAGUGUGCAGGUACAAGGACUACAGAGAGCCACCCUGGUCGUCGGAGCCGUACCAGUUCUCCAGACAGUACUGGGCAGUCCUAGCAGCUCGACUUGCCUUUGUCAUACUCUUCCAGAACCUGGUGAUGUUCAUGGGCGUGCUGGUAGCAUGGGUGAUCCCAGAUGUUCCCAAGAACAUCAGCGAGCAGCUGAAGCGAGAGAAGACACUGCUGGUGGAUGUCUUUAUGAAUGAGGAGAAGGAGAAGCUCCAGCUCAUCCAAAGCCUCUUCUCCAAAGAGGCCACGCAGACCCGGCAACAGCAAUCCCCACUGUCCCAGCUGGCACAGAACGCCUUGGAACCGCAGCUUCCCCUGCCUCACCUGGCCCAGACUGACGACCCAGUUGCUGCAGGAGCCACCAUCCCAUUGACCGCACGGUCCCGCACCCGUCCCCGCGCCGCCAGCUUCAGCCAAUUCACCCGUCAGGGUUCCACAUCGCCCCACAGUGAGGCAGGCAGGCACACGGCCGUGUGAGCGUAGGGAGGGGGGCGUCACCAGGCCAAUCAAUCUUCAGAGAGCCCAGAGUGCUGGGAGUGGAUGACUUAGGAGAGGAGAAGAAAGGAGGAGGGCAGUGCUGAGCUCUCCAUUGAGUUUGUUAAGGGGGGGCAUGGCACCCUCUAUGCAGUGUUUUCUCACUGAAGCAAAAGCAAGAGAGGUCAUUAUUUAUGUAAUCCCUGUACUGUAAUGUCUGAAGCAUAUGUCCACAGGCGGCAUGUUUUAUUUUAUUUCUUUUUAAAGCCGUGAUGUGUCCACGGAAUUUGCAGAGGAGUCAAAAUCAUCCUGGCCAAGGGGCAGAGGCUUUGUAGAAUGGCUUGCAGUCAUUCCACGCACAGUUGAGGCAGACACUGGAGUAGGAGUGGGAUUCUGACAGACUCUUAUCCUAGGGGCCUCUUGCACAUUUUGGAAUGUUUAUUUUUCUCCCCAUCUGUUAUAAGACUAAGAGGAAGAGUUUUUUUUUUUUGGCUCAACUCAAAAACUAAAGUGCGGAUCUGGUCCAUACUCAUGGCGAUCAUUGCACAAUUUGUGGAACUACACAAACACAAACUGCUUUGCAAAUUUUAUGAGAUGUAGCGUAUCACAGCAAAUAAUUAUAACUUUUCAUUUUCUCAGGUAAUGACAUCACUGUAGGUUUUAUUUGUUUAUCAGAAUAAUGUGACAUCUCUUCGUUUAAUAGAGAUUAUGAAACUUGUCAGUCAAUAAGAGAUAAGGAACAAAAACUGUACUUUAAUGCACAAAUUGUAUUGUACAAAAAUCAAUACAUAAUACAGUGAGUGUCAAAUGUGUCAAAUGUUGUUACAGAUCUCUCUCUUUAAAGAUGCAAAUCCUCAUAGACAGCACACAAUGACUUGUUCAGUUUGCUGAUAGGUAAAUAAGGCCAUGAGGCAUGCCACUGAGGUCUGUCUUAAGGUGUCUUUUAAGGUCCAUUGAUAAGAUCCAUGUAUGUGUUAGGGCCAUGUGGUAAGUCCUGGACUUUUGCAGCUUAUUGUAAUUGAUGACUGUUUUUUUUUUUUAAAUGGACUUCAGUUGCAAUGCACCUCAUCCACUGAGAAAUCAUAGGUUGAUAGGAUGAGAAUCAUAAGAUGUAAAACAAAAUAUAUUUAAAAAAACACAAGAGUGAUGGCAUGCCUGGUCUACCAUGCUCAGCUUUUUAAAACUGCUGUGUAAUUUUGCACAGACUUUGGGACAUCAGAAAUGCGCAUGAUAAUCACUUUGAGGGCUUGGCCUCUAUUUUUGGCUUCUAUACCCCUUAGGUUUAGAUAGCCAUGCAACUAUGAGCAAGUAAAUGUGCUUCCCUUUACGUGACCACAAAUUUCAGGUAUUUAGGCACUCAGCGCCCUGUUGCUUAGAUUGCUAUAUGAGGCUAUAAUUUUAGAAUCACAAUGGUAAAACUAAAUGAGUGUCAGAUCUUGUUACAGAUUUCUCUCUGAGUUUGCUCAUAGGAAACCCUGUGAGUCUUUUGGGCAAUGGAUUGUAGGUAUAAAACAUAGGUCUUUUAAGCAGGGUAAGAUCCACUGUAUGUCCUUUGGCCCAUGUAACAAGUACUUUGACUCUUACAAUUCAUUGUAAUUGGCUGCUGCAUUCUUUAAUGUACCUCUGUGGUAUGGGUUAGCUACCAUUCAGCACAUCUCACCUUAAAAAGACCAGUCAAUAUUCAUUAUCUGCUAAGAAGUUAAGUGGACACAAGUGCUGUCAACCACAUAUAGAGCUUAUAACUUUAUAGAUGGAAAGUUAAGGGAACAUUAACUUAAUCUCUUCUGAGCUCUUAAAUAUACCAUGGCAUCUUUUCCUGAUGAUUUUAUAUCUUAGCAGUUGGCAGACCGCUGACUGUGUUUAUGCUUCUGGGGCAGUUUAUGUACCCAUAAACUUCCCCUUGGUUUGGCCAUCAUCAGUUAGGGUAGGAUUGCCAUGUAACAGGAGGCUGGAGGAGGAAGACCAACAUCUGGCCAUCACUCUCUCCAUUUCUCAAAGGACCAACAGGACUUAAUACUCAUGCAAGAAGAAUAAACACAUUUAAUCCCAA